UUAGAUAUUCUGAUUCGAUUGUUAGAUGUUGCUGAAAUGCUUCAAAAUGAUGCCUCUUAUAACCAAAGCAGCACGUUGGCCGAGUUUCCAAGAAGCAGGGUAACCAGCUCGAUUAGUCCUCAAAAUCUUUCAAUAAACUCGCAAUGCUUUAGUAAUCAAUCAAACAACUAUAGCAAUGGUUCAACUAAUCAGUCAGCUGCUACAAAUCACCAAAAUGCUACAUUUCCAACCUCAACUAAACCAUUGAUUCAGUACCUAGGAUCAACAAACUCUCAAGCAACAGAAUACAGGAUAUUAGAAAAGGAUGCAUCUGGAACAGACUCCCUUGAGUUCGACUCUUUGCUGAAUGAUUUGAGAUCUUCACAUAGUGAAACUGAG